ACACCAAGGUGUUCUGACGCAGACGAAGUGACGACCCAAUCGGUUGUUCACCACCGACACCGACUCAGACAGCCAGAGACAGAGGCAGAGCCCUUGCGUUGGUUGCCUUUUAGCAGGAGCCCCGAGCGCUGAAGCUGAAGCCGAAGCGCUGCAGGAUUGCUAAAGUCUGCAGUGUUCCAGGACAGCGGGUGUCUGAAGCACGGCAGAUCAUUGGUUCACGAUACCGUAGCCAGCAGCCACCUAGACCUCAGCCCUACAGCGGUGGUACAUACAUACCAUGUCCGCCGACUUCUGGGCCGGAUACAUCUCCGGCGCCAUCGGCAUCGUCAUCGGUAACCCGCUUGACAUCCUUAAGGUCCGGCUCCAAGCCGGUUCUUCUCCCUCCUCCUCCCCCUCCGUCUCAUCUUCUUCCCUACCCACCCCAACCCCAAACUCAACCCCCUCACCAACCCCAACAGCCUCAACAGGCACAGCAGCAACCUCCUGGAUCCGCCCCUUCCUCCGCGGCACCGCCGCCCCAGUUCUCGGCUACGGCGCCCUCAACGCUCUCCUCUUCGUCUCCUACAACCGGACCGAAUCAGCCAUCAACCAGUUUGUUUUCGGCAUAGACCCUUCUUUGCCAUCGCAAACGGGCGUCAACCUCUGGAGUACCUGGAUCGCCGGAGCCGUAGGCGGACUGGCUACGUGGGUGGUUAGCACGCCUACUGAGUUGGUUAAGUGUCGGGUUCAACUUGCGGGGCAGGGGCAAGGAUCGGGGACGGAAGGUAGGGGGGGAAUAGGUAGAGAGAAGGGGUCAUGGCAAGUAGCCAAACAUGUCCUCCGAACCGAGGGAAUCAAAGGUCUUUACUUUGGCGGGGCGGUGACGGCGCUGAGGGAUAGUAUCGGGUAUGGGUUUUAUUUUUGGAGUUAUGAGUUGAGCUCGAGGUGGAUGGUUGCUGCUUCUGCUUCUUCUUCUUCCUCUGGGGAAUCCUCCUCCUCCUCCUCUUCUUCUCAGGCCGGCGGUAUCUUCACCUCCGAAGCAUCCCGUGUCCUUCUCUGCGGUGGCCUAGCGGGCAUCAUCACUUGGGCGAGCAUUUUCCCCUUGGACGUGAUCAAGACAAGGGUUCAGACGCAAGGGAUUCUUGGAGUUGGAGCUUCUUCUGCUUCAAGUGAGCAAACGGCACUCUUGGACCAGACGACGGCGGCCCAGCGGAAACAAAGGCCGUUGGGAGCCUGGGAGGUUGCCAAGUUGACGUAUAGAGAGGGCAGGGUCAAGCCGUUCUUUAGAGGACUGACGGUCUGUAGUGUCAGGGCGUUUAUUGUUAAUGCUGCGCAGUGGGCAAUGUAUGAGUGGAUCAUGACGGAGCUUGGGCAGGGCAGAAGGGCGAAGGCGUCGGCUGCUGGAGUCGAGGCAGGAGCGUUGGGAGGGGGCGAGCUUGUUGCAAUGGGUGCUGCUUGAGUUCGUUGCAGUGGAGUGUGAUUUCAUAUAGUGGUUGAUAGAGCACUUGGAAUCGACGCAGUGUAGAAGCCAGUUGGAUGUCAUCUGCGAGUGAGCGUAUAGGGAGGAACCGUAAGCAGUUGCCUCAAUAUCACAAGCCAGCACGACCAGCAAUGGCCCUGAUGCAUCUGUUAGUGACCGCUAUGCUUCAAAUGGAAAUGUCGAUAUCCCCUCAGCCAAGCACAGCCGGAACUCUCCUACCAAGCAAGUAAAAGUCAAGCAGUAGAUUUAAGGCAAAAGAUCCGUGGAACUCCAAGAUUG